UAUACAAAUGUAUGUAUAUAUUUAUUAUUUAAAAUCAAUUAACAACACAAAACAAUGACAAAUACUGUCCAGAAACCCUCAAAGGUACUGCAUUUAGCAUAAAAAAUAUGCUCAAAUCAUAACAUAAUAGCAUUUUCAGUUAUUUAGCAUCCUUCAGUUUCUUAAAAUUUAGUCCGCUACAACCUAAAAAUUGCAAGUUGUGUUAAUGCGUUAAAGAAAUUUGUGGCGUUAAAACGGAUUUGCGUUAACAAGUUAUUAUCACGUUAACUUUGACAGCCAUAGUAAUUUACAUUUUGUAUUUCCACAAGGUACAUUUAUAUAUUUCUGUUUUUCUAGAGUUUGAUUUAUUGAUUUUUGUGUGUUAAUGAGUUAGAUGAUACUAACUUCACUGUAGCACGAUUGGUCACAGGAUCGUUUCAGCUGUAUUACGAGCUGACUGGUGCAUACUGGUAGGUGCUUUACAGUGAGGUUAGUACCACCUACCUCAUUAACAUACAGAGAUACAGGAAAUAAUUAAAGUAUAAAUGUAUCCAUAGAUUUUUAUUUUGCAAUUAACCUUUAUUCAUGUAUUUUAUUAUGCAUUUAAUUAGGAAUGUUUGUAUUAAUCGAGCUUUAAUUUAUUCAUUUAAAUGUAUUCAUAUUUAUUUAUUUCUGUAUUGAUUGAUUUAUGAACAUGUCAUUUUUGUCCUCCAUACAAAACAGCUCUUGGGUUCAAAUUUCUGUCUUGUCAUAACAUAUGGACAUUAAUGCUGUGAUUUCAGUUGUGUUGUAUAUGUAAGGCUAUGUGAUUUAAUAUGUUUUCAUAGUAUUUAUAUUUUACCAGCUAAAUGAAUGUAGACAGUCUCAUGUCCGUGGAUAUUCUAUUUUCUUAUUUAGUUUGUAUUUUUUGUACAUGUACAGGCCUAAAUCUACUGUAGGAAUUAAACUUUUUAAAACAAUAAUGUUUAUAACCCAUUUUCUAAUGACGGUACUAUUUUUGUUAACAAAAUAUUUUAAGUCCAAGAGUCUCAGAUAUAUUUUUUAAUCAUAAAAAUGAGCAUGAUGUUGCUUUGGUCAUGUUCUCUGCUGUGAUUUUUUUUUUUUUUUAUGUCACAGUAAUGUGACAAAAAGAUAGAUGGACAGACUUUUUCUUUUGUUGUUGCAGGGAUUAAGGCGGUGGGAUUAUUUGCCAAAUCCCUCCCUCUCUCCUAUCCUGACCGUCUGCUUCCAUCAUGUUUCCUCCCCGGGUCACUGCAUUCCAUCUAGGCCAGAGCCAGCGGCGGGACAGGCCUACUGGUGGAAGGGGGGUAGGGCUUUGUUUGUUGCCCCAAUCACUGAAUAAUUCUCCGUCUUUCACGGUCUCUACCGUUGUAUCAUCUGCAUAACUCAGCCGAGCCAACCAACCAACCUUGUGACGUCACAGGCUAGAGUACUGCAACAUGGCGGCGCUCUUGCCACAGAAAGCCUGGCGACACCACGGAGGAAUAAACGACGCUGUGCAAGAGAGAAGAUGGCAACUAUGAUUUAAAAACAACCCAAAGGGAGGUUUUCAGCUCAGACUGGCCUGGAGACUACCGAGCGAGGGGGGCAGCGGCCGCGCUGUGUGGCCGGGCUCUGGAGCACCGGAUCCCGCUAGGAAGCCGAUGAAGAGUCGGUGGUGUUCGGUGGGCCGUAUGGAGGUCCGUCGUCAAUAAUUAAGCGACUUCUUCGUGGGGAUUUUGCAUGCAGGUGUGGUCGUUUAAAUCAUCCCAGCAAAGGUCUUCAAACCUCCCUCUACCCCUCUCCUCCCUGGAGACGCCCCGUCAUCACCCCCUCCUCCCUGGACAGACCAGCAGUAGGAUUUCCGGAUCGCCUCUCAUCCUUAAUUCCUCAUCUCUCCGCCUCUCUCCCACCUCCACCGCUUCCCUAUGUCAUAACGGGGUACCCGGGAUGAUUGACAAAUGACUGUAGUGCCCUAGAGCAAGACGUUGCUUCUGCCUGUUGACACUUCCGUGUUUGUCAGAAUGGACAGGCGUCCUGGGGUGUUAAGAGAGAUGAAUCAACAUUCACACUGAUAUCCAUGACUGAUAUAAUGACUGCCUCAUAACACCUUGAAUGAUGACCAGUGGAGUCUGGGAACUCUGAAGUGCCUUGCCAAAUGGAACGCCAGCAGGGCCAAAGAAAUGUAUAUCAAGGAACCCAAAAUCAUAUUUUGAAAAGUUGCUUUGGACAGCACCGCUCUCGUGAUCACUCCAUCCAUCCUUUUCUCCGUUUUUUCUUCCCUUCAUCUUCCCAUCCUUCAGUUUGGUCUGGUUUUUAAGCUAUAGGUGUCUCCUUCCUUCCUUUUCUUCCUCCCUAACUUCCUUCCCCCUCCCUCUUUUUUGUUUUCUUUUUUUGCCCUCGCCCACCUGGCCUCCACCAUUCGCCCCUCUCUCACAACAGCCGUCCUCCCCCCUCGCCCCCGCCCCCAGCCAUCCUCCCCCUCCCCCCCCCCCCACCAUCAUCAUCACCACCACCACCACCAUCCUCAGCCCCACUCCCACCACCACCACCACCACCACCACCCCCACCCCCACCCCACCAACUCCCCUCCUCUCCCCCUCGCUUUUCCUUCUCCGCCUCCUCCUCUUCUGCGGGAACCAUGGCGAUGGCUGCCACCGCCUCCUCCUCCACUCCCGCGUCCCCGUCGUCCUCGUCGUCGGCCAACGGCAGCGCCCGGGAGCACCUGCUGGCGGUGCGUCGGCGCACCCCGCACUCCCGGCCGUACACGAUCGGUCCGGACAACCUCCGCAGCCUGUCGGUGCAAGACGAAGUCGGAGACUCUGCGUCCUCCUCCUCCGCCAUGUCGUCAGGGAGCCAACCGGAAACGGCAGGGGUUGGGCUCCAGCGGGCCAACAGCGACACGGACCUGGUGACAUCAGACAGCCGCUCAUCACUCACGGCGUCUACGUACCAGCUGACUCUAGGCCACGGCCACUUGGUCAUCUCCUGGGACAUCAAGGAGGAAGUGGAUGCCACCGACUGGAUUGGCCUGUACCACAUCGAUGAGUCGUGUGUGGCCAACGUGUGGGACUCCAAGAAUCGUGGAGUGAAUGGCACCCAGAGAGGACAGAUCGUGUGGAGACUGGAGCCGGAACCCUACUUCAUGGAGCCGGAAACUAAGAUCUGCUUCAAAUACUAUCACGGUGUGAGUGGAGCGUUAAGAGCAACGACACCUUGUAUCACCGUCAAGAACCCUGGAGUACCGGUGGGCAGUGAAGGCCAAUCGGAGGACCAAUCAGGGACCGAGCACUGUCGGAAACUAGUCAGCUUCACUCUAUCAGACAUCCGGGCGCUGGGCCUGAAGAAGGGCAUGUUCUUCAACCCCGACCCGUACCUGAAGAUGUCCAUCCAGCCCGGGAAGAGGAGCGGGCUCCCCAAGUUCACCCACCACGGCCAGGAGAGACGCUCCUCCAUCAUAGCCAACACCACCAACCCUGUGUGGCACGGCGAGAAAUACACCUUUGUGGCUCUGCUGACUGACGUGUUGGAGAUCGAGGUGAAAGAUAAGUUCUCCAAGAGCCGGCCAAUCAUCAAGCGUUUUCUGGGUCAGCUGAUCCUCCCCGUGCAGAGACUUCUGGAGGGGCCGACAGCCGACGAUCAGCCAGUCAGCUACAGCUUGUGUCGUCGUCUCCCUACGGACCAUGUGAGCGGGCAGCUUCAGUUCAGGAUGGACAUUACCUCCACUGGACAUGAAGAAACCUCCCCAGAGGCUGUGGGAACCAUCUUAGGUGCAGUGAACGGUGACCCCGGAAGUCCCUCAGACGACGAAGACCUCCCUCACCCGUCGUCUUCUUCAAGAGUCGCAUACAGACCUUCUCCCACAGGCCCCGACGAGGGCUCCGCGUUAGUCAACGGCGCUCGUUACUAUGGCGAGGACUGCGUGUGGCGCGAGCCCGGGCAGAUGGGAGAGGAAGAUCUGCUCGCCUUGGCUCUGGGCGGCCACACCCACCGGCAGGUGUCGCUCAACGACUACCUGGACGCCAUCGAGGCUCCCAGGAGCCCCGGGGACCGGCCUCUGGCGGGGCCUUCGCCGAAACUCCGCUCCAGCUUUCCAACGGACACGCGGCUCAACGCCAUGCUGCACAUAGACUCCGACGAGGAUGAGGAGACGGCGGGGCAGCACAGGGAGCAAUCACAAGAGACGAGGACACAGCAGAGCACGGACUUAGCCUCGGCUACAUCUGAGUCUCAACAGGGGAACGAGGGUUCGCAAGGAGAGCCACAGGGGCCGACUGGAGCUGGAGCUGAGGCCACAACAGAGGCAGGUUCCUCUCCCAGUGCUCAGCCUGGAACUAAGCCGCCAGGGGCUGAACCUGGAGCUGCAGAAGGUGCAGCCCCAACACAGGCUGAGACUGCAGCUGGGACCGGAGAGGUUUCUGGAGGCUCAGCUGAGGCUACACACAUCACCGGAGGAACUUCCACAGUUUCCAGCUCAUCUCAGGCAUCGGGGGCUGAAGCAGCUGCAGCGGCCGGGCCGGGGGAGUCUGUGGUGGAAUGUACCUGUCAGGAGCAGAGCAGCAGGAUGGCUGUGAACCAGGAAGUACCCUGCAAUCCCUCACUUGGUCCACUUUCACCCAUUCAGGAGGUAGAGAUAAGAAAAGAAGUGGCUCCGAAGGCGGAGGAGGAAGGGGAGUCAUCGAGCAGCGAGGCAAACGGACCAGUAGCGGCAGCAGCAGCAGCAGCUCCUACGAGCAGCGUCACAGCUGACCAAGGAGGAAGGACUUCUGAAGCUGGAGCGAGAGCCAGCAGCAGGGACGGUCAGGUGGAGCAGGAGGAAGAGGAGGGGGAGGUGUGGAGGAGGAGGCAGUCCAUGCAGGCCUCCGGAGGCAUGGCCCAAAUCCAGGAGGUGUGCGGGGCCAGAGAGAGUCAGAACGGGACAGUAGGGGUGGAGAGACAGACAGGUGCCACAGCUCAGGUCAAUGGCCACCAGCAUGUUCGCUCCCUGCCGUCUCUCCGCCAUGACAUCAGUCGUUACCAGAGAGUGGACGAGCCGCUACCACCUAACUGGGAGGCUCGUAUCGACAGCCACGGUCGGAUCUUUUACGUGGACCAUGUCAACAGAACUACAACUUGGCAGCGCCCCACCGCUCCCCCCGCCCCGCAGACCCUCCAGAGGUCCAACUCCAUGCAGCAGAUGGAGCAGCUGAACCGCAGGUAUCAGAGUAUACGUAGGACGAUAACCAACGACAGCAGACCAGAGGAGCCGCCAGCCAUUGAGCUGCCGACAGAUGAGACUGACACGCACCCUUCCAUCCCAGAGCUCCGCAGGGACACCAGCGUGGCUCCGUCUAGUUCCAGGUCUCGCCUCACCCUGCUGCUUCAGUCCCCCAGCGCGAAGUUCCUCACCAGCCCCGACUUCUUCACUGUGCUGCAUUCCAACCCCAGUGCCUACCGUAUGUUCACCACCAACACGUGUCUGAAGCAUAUGAUCAGUAAGGUUCGUCGGGACGGUCACCACUUUGAGCGCUACCAGCACAACAGGGACCUGGUGGCCUUCCUCAACAUGUUCUCCAACAAACAGCUGGAGCUGCCCAGAGGCUGGGAGAUGAAGCACGACCACACCAGCAAGCCUUUCUUCGUGGAUCAUAACUGCCGUGCCACCACCUUCAUUGACCCCCGGCUGCCUCUCCAGAGCACUCGGCCUCCGAGCGUCCUGGCUCACCGCCAACACCUGACUCGCCAACGCAGCCACAGUGCCGGGGAGGUCAGCCCACGACGACUGGGGGGUGAAGACCCUCGUCACGCCGGCCCACCCGUCCUGCCGCGGCCUUCCAGCACCUUCACCUCUGCCAACAGGGGGCAGAACCCAGACGUCGUGCCAGUGGCUUACAACGAGAAGAUCGUGGCGUUUCUCCGACAACCAAACGUCUUUGAGAUUUUGCAGGAGAGACAGCCCGACUUCAACCGGAACCAUUCACUCAGGGAGAAGGUGCAGCUGAUACGCACAGAUGGAGGGUCGGGAUUGGCCAGGCUGUCAGGUGAUGCUGACCUUGUCAUGCUAUUAAGUCUGUUUGAAGAUGAAGUAAUGUCCUACGUGCCUCCUCACGCCUUACUUCACCCCAGCUACUGCCAGUCACCUCGGGGAUCCCCUGUCUCCUCCCCACAGAACUCGCCUGGUACUCAGAGAGCUAACGCCAGAGCUCCAGCACCCUACAAGAGAGACUUUGAGGCCAAACUGCGCAACUUCUACAGGAAACUGGAAACUAAAGGCUACGGUCAAGGACCAGGGAAGCUGAAGUUGAUCAUCCGUCGCGACCAUCUGCUGGAAGAUGCCUUCAACCAGAUCAUGUGCUAUUCCCGUAAAGACCUGCAGCGCAGCAAGCUCUACGUCAGCUUCGUUGGGGAGGAGGGGUUGGACUACAGCGGGCCUUCCAGAGAGUUCUUUUUCUUGGUUUCCAGAGAGCUGUUCAACCCUUAUUAUGGUCUGUUUGAGUACUCUGCCAACGACACCUACACCGUCCAGAUCAGCCCCAUGUCCGCCUUCGUAGACAAUCACCACGAAUGGUUCCGGUUCAGUGGUCGUAUUCUGGGUUUGGCUCUGAUUCAUCAGUACCUGCUGGAUGCCUUCUUCACCAGACCAUUUUAUAAAGGCCUACUGCGCAUUCCCUGUGAACUGAGUGACCUGGAGUACCUGGACGAGGAGUUUCACCAGUCCCUCCAGUGGAUGAAGGACAACGACAUAGAAGACAUGCUGGACCUCACCUUCACCGUCAAUGAAGAAGUCUUCGGACAGAUAACAGAGAGGGAGCUGAAGCCGGGCGGAGCCAACAUCCCCGUCUCAGAGAAGAACAAGAAGGAAUAUAUUGAGCGGAUGGUGAAGUGGAGGAUAGAGAGAGGAGUGGUGCAGCAGACUGACAGCCUGGUCCGAGGUUUCUACGAGGUGGUGGAUGCCAGACUAGUAUCAGUGUUUGAUGCGAGGGAGCUGGAGCUGGUCAUCGCCGGCACAGCUGAGAUUGACUUAUCAGACUGGAGGAACAACACCGAGUACAGAGGAGGUUACCACGACAACCAUAUUGUGAUCCGGUGGUUCUGGGCAGCAGUGGAGAGGUUUAACAAUGAGCAGAGACUACGGCUCCUGCAGUUUGUGACCGGGACAUCCAGUAUUCCUUACGAAGGCUUUGCGUCUCUGCGAGGCAGCAACGGACCCCGCAGGUUUUGUGUAGAGAAGUGGGGGAAGGUCACCGCACUGCCCAGAGCUCAUACCUGCUUCAACCGGUUGGACCUGCCACCGUACCCGUCCUUCUCAAUGCUGUAUGAGAAGAUGCUGACGGCCGUGGAGGAGACCAGCACCUUCGGGCUGGAAUGAUCCUCGUCCCGUCCGCCGAAUCAAAUCUCCGCUCACCUCAGCCUGCCCCUCGAGGACUGCUGGUGGUAGCGAAGAGAGCUGGACGAAGGUUCAAAAAGCUGGAUUUAAAGGUUUGUGUUUAAUUUAUGAUGGGCUAUAUUUUAUAACCGAGGCUGAUAAGACCUUUGAACCAUGAAGCUGACUUUUUGAAAAUGCCCCCCCUGUACAGAGGUUGUUUUUUGUUGCACCUGCACAUAUUUCGCACCUGCUUAGUAACACACACUUUCACCUGUGCGAUGUGACGAAUGAAGACCCACACUGCCUUUGGAACCAGAAUGAUAACUGCUGGGAUUUGACCAAUCGAACACCGGGAUGUUUUUUGUUUUUUUCUCUUUGAUACCAGGAGGUUAAAAUUUUCAGAUGUACACAUCAAAGAAGAAGCGAGCACUGCCUUCACCGCAAAAGCUGAGUGGACUCAGCCUCUUUUAUUCUAGUGUGAAUGGACCUCAAAGGCCUGUCCAGAACUGAGAGCUUCUUGUAGUACAGCGUCUCCUUGUGGCCUGUAGCAAUAACUGCACCCAUGCGGUUAUUACUCAAAGCUUUUUCGAGGACCACCUGAUAUAACUUUUGGUAAAGUUUGUGGAAUUUUCACGUGAACUUCUACAGCUACUUUUGGAGUCUAGACAGCAGCUUUGGUAUUGUUACAGUAUUUUCAUCUACAAGAAAAAAGUGAUUUUCUAACUAUGUGGAUGUGACAUGUUGUGAUUUGAAUGUAACUAACUUCAUGAUGUGAUUUUGUACCAGAUCGGGAUCAAUUGGCAAAAAAAUCUUUGGGCAACACUUACUUGAGUUAAAUCAUGUUUUGAUGGUGAGUAAUCCAUAUCCAUUUACUUGGAUUGUAUUUGAUUUGAUGAUUUGAUCCAGGUCUAUUUUUUCUAAAGUUUGUUGAAAGUAGUCUACAUUCAAGAAAGUUAUACAUCCAAAUAGAAAAAAGUAAAUGUCCAUGUGGCGGACCUAGAAGCCAAGAAGUUUAACGGGUGGCAUGUGGUGGGGCACCAGCACGCAGAUUUAAAUGCAAAACAUAUCUAUAUGUUGAUUCCUUUUUACUCAUGUAUUUAUGAAUACCAUCUUUUAAAAGCAUUUUUAUAUCAUUUUUUUUCCUUUUGAAAAGUUACGGUUGUUGAUGCGCACUCUCAAAGGGUUCCGAUUUUUCCUAUCGUGGGUUCGUUUUCAAGCGUCGGUGAAUCAAAAUAAUCAUCUCAUCUGGUUGGACCUCUGACCAAACAGAACCAAAUAUAUUCCAGUCAGUUAAAUUCUCCCUUUACCGCUGCCGCGCUAAGUUACACGCUUUGACAAAAUACUGAUCAGCGAUGGAAGAAGUACUCUUUUACUUUUGUAAAAGUAGCAAAACCACAGUGUAGAAAGUAAGUAAAAGUCCUGCAUUCAGAUUUUACUUAAAGGUGCUAAAUGCGAGAUUGGGAGCGUUUAAUGAGCACAGUGCAGAGCAGCGGUCGUGAGCUAGUCCGUGGGGCAUCGUUUCCUUACUUUGUAAAUACGCAAAGUAACUAAAGUUAUCAAAUAAUGUAGAAUUUAAAAAGAACAAUAUCUGAAUUGUUGUGGAGUAAAAGUAUAAAGUAGUAGAAAAUUAAAAGCACUAAAACCUAAAAAUUGUACUUGAGUAAAUGUGCUUAUUUACUUUCCAAUAGUUAUUGCGAAUGUAUCGACUCAGUUGCAGCAAGCAAUGUCCAUUUUUAGCUAACUGAUAUUGAGCUUUGUAUUUCUUGCCGGGUUCAGUUUGGACAGCUCAGGGACAUAGAUGGGUUUGCUGAAAAUUACAUUCAUUUAUGGACAAUCUCCAUCAUAGCGGUGUCCCCCCCCCAUGCCUGCCACGCACAGCCAGAUCAGAACCGAACAAUUUCCCCAAGCUCGACUACUAAAAUUAGAUUUUAAGAUGCAAUUUUAAGUCCAAUUUAUUAUAUACUCAUAGAAAAUGACUUUAUCACCCUGAGAUAUUUUGAUUAAGUCCUGGACCUACCGUUUUCCUCGUUUCAACUUUUAAAGAAUGUACUCUAAUCCAGAAUACAAACUAUCAUUGUUUUCUGUAAGAAGUUGGGUAAAUGUUCAUGUGCAAAUUCAGUUUAAUUCAAAUGGGAUCGAAUAAUUCCAUUCUCAUAAUGAAAAUAAUGAUAUUAGUUCCCUCACUUGUCUCACCAGAAUGUACCAAAGUUUUGAGCCUCUACCGGCGGCCUCACAUCUAACCCCAAACAACCACUCUUUCUGUACAGUCCACCUCACUUUUGAAUAUGAAUGUCUGUCAGCACUUCUCUCCUGGAAAAUAAAAUUUUCGUCACUCUA